ACUACCUCGACCACUUACUACCACCACCACCACUCACAAACCCAAAAAGGAAACAAAAACAAAAAAAAAAAACUCAGAAGAAUCAGAAUACCGGUGAAACAGAAUCCGACUAUUUUCUAUCAGUUUCAGAGCAUUUUUUUUUAUCACAAAUCUGAAUAUUUCAUUUUAGUUCUGAAAUCCCUAAUUCAAAAAAAAUAGAAAUGGGAACGUCAGUUGGAGCUGCAAACGCUGUUGUUGCAAAAGAUCCAAAACUUCAAAUUCAGAGGUUUCAUGGUUUAAGAAGUUACGGUUCGAUUCCUUUGAAUAGACGUGUUAAUGUUUUGCCUGCAUCUUCUUCUUCAAAUUCAUCUAUUAUUACUGCUACAGCUACUCCUGUAAAGCCCGAGGUCGCUGCGGAGCCAAAGCGUAGCAAAGUCGAAAUAUUCAAAGAGCAUAGUAACUUCAUAAGGUACCCUCUAAAUGAGGAGCUUCUCAAUGAGGCUCCUAAUAUAAAUGAGGCUGCUACCCAGUUGAUCAAGUUUCAUGGAAGUUACAUGCAGACCAAUAGAGAUGAGCGUGGUACAAAGUCUUACCAGUUUAUGCUUCGAACAAAGAACCCUUGCGGUAAAGUCCCAAACAAGCUCUACUUGGCCAUGGAUGAUCUUGCAGACCAGUUUGGAAUUGGAACUCUUCGUCUAACUACUAGACAGACAUUUCAGCUUCAUGGUGUUCUCAAGAAGAAUCUCAAGACUGUGAUGAGUACUAUUAUUAGAAACAUGGGCUCCACUCUUGGUGCAUGCGGUGACCUGAACAGAAAUGUUCUUGCUCCCGCUGCACCAUUUACGAGCAAAGAUUACCUGUUUGCACAGGAGACUGCAGAUAACAUUGCUGCCCUUUUAAGUCCCCAGUCUGGCUUCUACUAUGACAUGUGGGUGGAUGGUGAGAAAUUUAUGUCCGCAGAGCCUCCCGAAGUGGUAAAAGCACGUAACGACAACACACAUGGAACAAAUUUCCCUGAUUCUCCCGAACCUAUUUAUGGCACCCAGUUUCUGCCAAGGAAGUUCAAGGUUGCAGUGACAGUGCCAGGAGACAAUUCGGUGGACAUUCUUACAAAUGAUAUCGGUGUCGUUGUAGUUUCUGAUGCACAUGGGGAACCUCAGGGUUUUAACCUAUAUGUUGGAGGUGGAAUGGGAAGAACACAUAGGAUUGAGAACACUUUUCCUCGUUUAGCAGAACCACUUGGUUAUGUACCAAAAGAGGAUAUCCUAUAUGCAGUUAAAGCAAUUGUAGUCACACAGAGAGAAAAUGGAAGACGAGAUGAGCGAAGGUACAGUAGAAUGAAAUAUUUAAUCAGUGAAUGGGGAAUUGAGAAAUUCAGGAAUGUUGUUGAGCAGUACUAUGGGAAGAAAUUUGAACCCUCCCGCGAGUUACCAGAGUGGGAAUUCAAGAGUUAUUUAGGAUGGCACGAGGAGGGUGAUGGUGAACUUUUCUGUGGUCUCCAUGUUGACAAUGGCCGAAUUGGUGGAAAAAUGAAAAGCACUUUGAGGGAGAUAAUAGCAAAGUAUGACCUAAGUGUGCGACUCACACCAAACCAAAACAUUAUUUUGUGUGACAUUCGCCGUGCAUGGAGGCGCCCAAUCACUACAGCUCUUGCUCAGGCUGGACUUCUGCUCCCUAGGUAUGUGGAUCCACUGAACGUAACCGCAAUGGCAUGCCCGGCAUUACCACUGUGCCCAUUAGCAAUAACUGAAGCUGAACGAGGAACACCUGAUCUACUCAAGCGGGUUCGAGCUGUAUUUGAUAAGGUUGGGCUCAAGUACAGUGAGUCAGUCGUGAUAAGGGUAACCGGGUGUCCUAAUGGUUGUGCCAGGCCUUAUAUGGCAGAGCUUGGACUGGUUGGUGAUGGACCCAACAGCUAUCAGAUAUGGCUUGGAGGAACACCAGGUCAAACUGUGCUAGCACGACCUUUCAUGAACAAGGUCAAGAUUCAAGAGCUAGAAAAGGUUUUCGAACCGUUAUUUUACACCUGGAAACAUAAGCGACAGGCAAAAGAAUCAUUUGGCGACUUCACAAACCGCAUGGGCUUUGAGAAACUUCAAGAGAUUGUUGAUAAAUGGGAAGGACCAGCGGAGGCACCUGCUCGAUUCAAUCUAAGACUUUUUGCGGAUAAGAAAACAUUUGAAGCCAUGGAUGAGCUCGGUAAAUUGCAGAAUAAAAAUGCACACCAACUAGCCAUGGAAGUUGUGCGUAAUUACGUUGCUUCCCAGCAAAAUGGCAAAGCUGAAUAGCUCAACAACCAAUGAUUCAUUUUGUUUUGUUGUCUGUUUAUGCAAGGAACUGACCAUUCAAGACUGGGUUUUCUUUUUCUAUUUUUCCUUCUUUUUUUUUUCAGUCGAGGCAGAGUUAGUUACUACCAUUCAAGUGUUGUAAGUAAAACACUCAGGAACGCAUCAGUUUUUAGUUGAGAAUGAAAGUCACUUUCUUGAAAUGUUGUAUACCAUCAGUUACCUUUUUGUUAUGAUGAAAAUCUUCAGUAGGGGGGGUAUUAGAGGUA